GACUGUGAACCAGAAGAGCUGACUGACUGGUCUAUGGAUGAAAAAUGUUCAUUUUGUAACCUACAGAGAGAAGCAGUCAGUGACUGUAUGCCAUCGCUUGAUUCUUCACAGUCAACACCAACGGAGAAACUAUCAUCUCAGGGCCAGCCCAACGCUGAUAAGAUUGAAUGCCAAGCAGAAAAUUACCUAAAUGCACUCUUUCGAAAGAAAGAUCUUCCUCAGAACUGUGACCCUAACAUUCCCCUAGUUGCUCAGGAAUUAAUGAGAAAGAUGAUACGUCAGUUUGCAAUUGAGUACAUUUCAAAAAGCGGUAAAAUUCAAGAGAAUAGAAAUGGUUCAAUUGGACCAAGUCUAAUAUGUAAAAGUAUCCAGAUGAGUCAAGCAGAAAGCUCCCUUCCGGAAGAGCAGGAAGGCCCCUUAGACCUCACUGUGAAUCGGAUGCAAGAACAAAAUACUCAGCAAGGGGAUGGAGUGUUAGAUCUCUCUACAAAGAAAACCAGCCUCCAGUGUGAAGAAUCCUCCAUGUGUGAUCCUGCUUCUGAAAAUCCAGUGGCUGGUUCAACUAUUGAUGCAAAUUCAGAGGAAGCUACUAAAAUGGAAAACGAAAAAUCCGCAUUAAGCAAAGUUAUGGAAUCUUUGUGCACACAUCACCAGCAACAGAUGUUGGCUAUGUUGAAAUGUCUAGUUCAAGAGCGAAAUGCUGCUUCCCUGUGCUGUUGUAAUGCAUCCCGGGCUGUGCCUUCAGAACCUCAAAAGCCCCUAAUUGAAGAUGACGUACGUGGUCUGUUUUGUAGUUGUGGGACAUACAGACUGGCAGAAAGAGGGUGUGUACAAAAGGAACGACAAAGCCCUGAGGUCUCACCCCUGUCAGUCUGUAUCAAAGGUCAGCCUUGGGGGUCUUGCCAAACUGUAACUGUCGAGCCCAUUAAGACAGUAGCAAAUAGAAGAAUUGCAAACCCUUCUACUCCUCACAGGUGCUGGGCUGGACUGCUGCCAAACAUUCACUCUGCCAAAUCCACCUGCCCUGCUCCCAUCUUGUCCAGGGAAGUGUGUGAUCUGACAGCCAGCCCCAAGGAAGCCUGCAGGUCGCCAAGCCCCUCCCCCCCACCAUUAUCACCCGUGCAGACGGAGCACUUUGACCACCUGAGAGAUGGUGUGUCCGAGCUCCCAGCCUUAGAAAAUCACAAACUCGAAGCAAGCAUUAACCAGCCUCCCUCUCUCCUACCAGCCGAAGUCUGCCGUGGCCAGGCCGACCACGAAGGCAGAACACAGAAAGCUCAGAAGCCCAGGAGCUCAGACUCUUGGCUGUUGGGAGACGGCCACCGUUGUGGGGCAGAUCAGGAAGAGGGUGAGAGCAGCACGAUCUUCCAAGAUCUCAUGGAUCGCAUUAAUGAGAAACUGAACUCCAUAGAAACCACAGAUCCGACCACCUUUCUGAAGCCAGCGGGUGGUGAUUAUCACGCAGAUACUGACUUCAAACUGGGCGAUUUAAUAACUUCCCUCCUGCACAAUGCCAAGGCCAACGAUUACAGUUUUAUGGAAUUACUGCGUCAACAUGAGAAAAAGGUAGAAAACAAGAUUAUCCAGACACGAUUCCGAACGCAGCAGGAGACCCUGUUUGCCAUGCACACCUCUCCCAAUUCGCCCGUGCGCAGAAGGCAGUCUUUACAGAUAAAGAGAGAACUGGCUAGUCUUGAUGAAAACUUUCCAAGAAAAAAGCACACAGAAAAAAUUGGGAAGAAACCCACGCACACCCAGGAAGCAUCUUCAGUGGGCAAAGGAAAGGCCCGCCAUUGCCAGGGGCUGUCUGUGCCGGAUCUUAAAAGCCAUGGAGAUGAAAACCAGGCAGAGGCACCCUCUUCCCCAGGUUAUGCACUGCCAUCAUCGCCACGACCUCUUUGUGGUUUGGAAACUACCUUGACGUGUGACACGUCAUCAGAAAGCUUUAAAACGCCUCCUGAGGAAAGGAUCACUUGCAACCCGCAGGAGAAAACUGUGGCUUGUGAACAAAGAUGGCCGUGUUACAGGGAGACUCCGGAACGGGAGGAGGUUCAGACUCCAAAAAGCAAGGUUCCCGGGCUGCUGAGCCGAACAAAACGAAAUAUUGUGCCUCCAGGGUGGUACUCAAUCUAUGUGACCAAUAAUGUUGUAUUGAGAAAGUCUCCCAAGGCUAAAAAAGUAUCUGGACCCAUCCCCAAAACAGAGACUUCAAUGGAAAACACACACGAUAUAGACCUAAGCAAAAUUGCAAUGCAUUCUAAUGUGCAAGUUGUGGUUGAGCGUUUGGAAGACACAAUAAAUAUGGCACAAAAGUCUUGGAGUCGUAACCAGCCACCGUUAGAAGGACAUACGGCAUCCAUAAUAGAAGAGGCCCGCUGUGAAGACCAAGAUGCGGAUGGAAAUCUGACUCUUAGCAUGAGUAGGAUGGCCUGCAAAGAGCAGAGUCUACCAGAAAGGGUACUUGCAACCAGCAGUCGUAGCACUAGCAGCUGUGUACCUACCAUAGAUGGGAGUACAGGAAGUGACACUGGUCACUCGAUGCCCAGGGUUGAAAAUGAACCAGCCAAAUCGGAAGGCGCUCAGAGCUCCUUCUCCAAUUACUCUAGUCCUAUCAAACUCAUGUUUCUCUCUGAAGUUAAAAGCAGUGAAGGAGUCAAAUAUAUUUUAACCUCAGUUGGUACUUCUGGGUCAAAUGUCAACCUCGCUCCUGAAACAUUCCCAAGUCAUAAUCAUGCAAGUGAAAACUCCCCAGAAACAAAUGAGGAUAUCCCCCAUCCUAACUUGGGGAAUUAUGGUUCUCGUCACAAUUGUAUUGACACUUCUCAAGGAGAGGCCAGUAAAGUUAAUUGUGCAAUUCCAGAAACCGCAAAGGGCGAGACGCCACAAGAAGAACAACCUAAGGAAAACCCAACCAGUGUUGCUGUUGAGUCGACUUUUAAAAGGAAACCGGGUAGACCUAAAAAAAUUGGUCCCCAGGUUGUGAAACAGAUCAAGCGACCAAUUGGGAGACCCCCCAAACCUAAGACCAAUCAAACAAAUGUCACCAUUUGCCAAAAGGAGGCCGCUCUCGCGGAUGAGAAAAGCCCAGAAUCCCUCAUAUCAGAAGUCAAGGAAGGUCUUUAUAAAAAGAACAUUACGGUGACUGUCAUUUAUGGACGGUCAAGAAGAACAAAAAGAUACAUUUCGGAAGGAAGUGCAAACAUAAGCAAUGUUGUGUGUCUAAGCAAUCCUGCUGCUGACUUUUCAAGCCAACAUCAUCCUCUGAGACACCUUAGAGACCACACAGUUGGCUCGGCGGAGAGAGGAAGUGCCGCCUCCGGUCUGACUACGGAGAGCGACGUCUUGGGGUCUGGCUAUGAGUACGUGAGGCCCAUCAAGAACAAGUCUGCAAGACCUGAGCUUUCCAAGAACGUUAUCCGGCCCCCCGCGAAGCCGUUGACAAUAAUUAGGAAGCCCGGGAGACCUGCCAAGGUGAGGAUCUCCGGGAUAACUGUGACGGUUCACGGACUCUCACCUCAGGAGAGAGAAGUACGCAUCAGCAGCAGCGUGCCUCCCUUAGACCUGCAGAGGGCGGAGGGAGAGAAGCUCCCCAAAGAGGAGUGCCGUCCCCCGUGUCCCAAACUGGAUGCGACCCGGCAGACCGAGCCUGACAGUUUAAAGGCAAGAUCAAAAAGUGCGGCCGCUCCCGCGCCUCUGAGACAGCCUGCGACGGACCGAAAGCGAUCGUUGCGCUUUUUGCAUCCGCUAGCCUCUUCCAGAUCGCUGAUGUACAGGAACGCCCUGCUCCGCAAAUCGUAUAAACUCCAUUUGCCCAGGAGCCGUGGCCGGAAGGAGAGACGGAGGCAGUCACGGAUAAAGAUGGCCCCGAAAGGGACCUCAGGAGUGAGGCCCACAAGGAAUCCAUACACGUGCUUGGAAGACGACGCCUCGCCGCCGCCCAUCACUGACGUGUCUGCGGAGCCUGUCGUCUCAUCAAGCCCCUUACUACGGUGGUGGGCUUCUUCCACCUCGAGUGAUUCUCUGUUAGAGGAAUUAAACCACCGCUUCGAGCAAAUAACCAAUGCUUGGGUGCACGUGAGUGGAGACGAAGCGACAAACAGCGUCCCUCAAGUGGCGGAGCACGUUGGAAAGGAGCCUUUGAAGCGAGCCAAGCCGCUGGGGACCUGCCUGUUGGAACUUCAAGUCUCACCUGUCAAGAUGCUGUUUCAGAAGAAGUACGAUCUGAAAGAGCUCUACUCCUGGUUUAUGCAAACCACGGAAACGCACUCUCUUUCCUUAGUGAGGAAAGCAAAUGCCCGGAACCCUGUGGAAGUCAUCAACACCAGGGGACUUCCACUGGGGGCCAAGCAGCCUCAUGGGAAUGCCAGCCCCUUCCGAAAGCACCUUAAGAAAUUUGCACUGUCCUCGCCCUCCAAACCAGCGGGGAAAUGGCACCUCCUACGUCAAAUGGCCGGCUCCCCGGUCUUCCAAGUGAACAGUGCCUUCACUCUGGCCAGGCUCAAGCGGACUGGCUUCCAGAAGCUGCACCAUGGAAGGUGGAGGGGGGAAGGAGAGCUGCACGGCUGGGCACCGGUCCUCUGGAACUCCCGAAGGAGAAACUUUGGGUUUUUCCGCCCGAACCCGUUGUUAUUACCUAAGUCUGAAGCAGGAACAGAUGAGGGGGACUCUCUGAAACAGGGCGUGCCCGGCAUCCGAGCCCGCGCUGGCUUAGAGAAGCCAUUCCUGUCAGCAGCCCAGCAGAAUGGGGCAAAGUUCCGCCCGAGGGAGCACAAGGGAUCCCGACUGGGAAGCGGCCGCCCCAGUGACUGGAGGCCCAAGACGUUAAAAGACUGCAGGAUAUUUCUGAGGAAGAUCAACUAUCUCGAACACAGCAACACCUUUAAGUUAAACGCUGUCAUGUACCCUCCCGAUGCCAUUGCCAGUGGGAGUGACCGUGAGGCUCCGGGCGAAGACUCAAAGCGCUGUGCCCUGCGAUCCCAUUCAGCAGGGUCUGUGGCCCUGAGGAAGCACGCUAGAGAGAUGGCAAGUGCCAAAGCAGAUAGCCCUCCUCCCAGUCAGCAAGCCGGCCUCCCGGCCCUUCGCAGACUCAGCCCUGGUGCUAGCGCAGACAGGAAUACUUCUGAGAGUUCCGUGGCCCUUAGCAAACUGAGCAAAAGGAAAAGGCCACCUUGGAAGAGCGCAGACAUGGCAGCAAAAAGGCACAAGUGGCAGUCUUGCAAGAAUGGACAAAUGGCAAACUAUUGUUCAAAGGCCCAGCUGGCAAGAAGACCACGUAGAAGACGUAAAGACUGCAUCAAUCGGGACGGUCAUAGUCAGUAAGCCUAGGAUGUCAGUCCUGUGUUGGCCAUCCGGUUGCUGUGCCCUCUGGGUUAUUUGAAAAGUGUCAUGGGCACGGCACAUCUUUUAUCUCAUUCCAGUCAUCACAUUGUUUGCCUACCUGACACUGAACCAGCUUCCACAGAUGUAAAGAGGAGAGGGUUCCUUUCCACACUCAGCCCAGCUCAGCCGAACGAAGAACACAGACUCCUCUGCUGGCGAUCGUCCAGGUCACGCUCAGCUCAGAAAGCAACAGGAAACUUCCACGGCAAUCCCUCCGUGCUGUCUCCAGUUGUCCUGACCUCUGGUGCUUAAAAAAACCGAGUCUCCCUCACUCAAGCACUCUCUCACUGUCAGCAAGUCGAUUCCAACUCAGGCCUGGCACAAACGUUGGGUGUGAGCACCGCGACUGCCAGCCUAGCCAGUCCUCUCUCCACUUCGGGAAGCGGGCUAGCCCACGAGGACGACCUGGCGGAGUGCGGUGCUGCCCGCAGGUGCUCCUUGCCCUGGCAGGAGAGCGAGCGCGCAUCAGGUUGCAUAGCGAGAUUUGAGAGUAUUUAUCUUGUGGCUUUUCCUGAUUGCAUUGGGUAUAGGCUGUUGCUAGUGAGUGCUCAUCAUUUGCUGUUGUUGUUACCGCUUUCCUUUUUUUUUUUUAAAGCUAAAACCAAUAGUCGUGAGCCUUUUAUUAAAAUACCUUAAGGCAGUAAUGACGAGAGUUUGCUUGAGCAGAAUAAAUUCUUGUGGCCCCCAUAAGUGAGUGACGUAAACGGAAUAGGAUCCCUGUCGCAUUCGUCAAAGGGACCUCACGAUGGAAAGAUUCACCCACACGGAAAAGCAUGACCACCUGCUCUGGCCGUCACAAGCGAUGCCAUCGUAGCAAACCGUCUCAACAGGGAGACGAGAGGGAAACAAAACCAAUAAUAAUGAAAAGUGCCAGCUACCCACCACGACACUCAUAGUCCACCUAAAAAUACUCACACGUAUUUUUAAAGACUUCCAGAAAUAGAGUGAGGUAUAACGUUUUGUUUGUAAUUCUCUCUGCCAUUCUCAUUCCAUGCUUGUGAAACUUUACCAAAGGUUGUCUGUAUUAAUUCGUUUUACAACAGAACCGUAUUUUGUCUUUCCAACAACCCUAAUCAUUGUAUCUGCCUAAAGGAAUAAGUCAUAUUUUUUUCAAUAUCAUUCUUCACCCUGUAAAUAAGAGAUAAUCUUAGAAAAGUAAAACGGAAGAUGCCGCCUUA